AUGGCCGCCGAUGUGGGAUCGAUGUUUCAAUAUUGGAAGAAAUUUGAUCUACGGCGGCUUCAGAGGGAGCUGAACUCAGUUGCGUCUGAGCUAGCAGGGCGACAAGAAGAGAGCGAGCACUCCCACAAGCACCUGGUGGAGUUAAGCAGGGAGUUCAAGAGAAAUGUCCCUGAGGAAGUCCGGGAGAUGGUGGCCCCUGUUCUCAAGAGUUUCCAAGCCCAGGUGGUAGCUCUGAACAAGCGCAGUAAGGAGGCAGAGACGGCGUUCCUGGGAAUCUACAAGCAGCUCAUCGAAGCCCCAGACCCAGCCCCCGUUCUGGAGGCCACACACACCCUGGAGGAGAGGCUCCAGCAGCUGCAAGGCGAGGCCCCAGGCAGUGGCCUGGUCAGGGAGAUCAGCGGGCACUGGAGGAGACACCUGGAGUGCCUUGACAAGCCAGACAACUCAGAGGCAGGGCCAGCGGCGGUGUCAGGAGAGGUGUCCAGGCGGACAGGACGAGGGAUGACCCCCAACAGCACCCACCCCCCCAGAGCCCCUGGCUCCCCUCAAUACAACCACCAGGAGCCGGCCGGCGGGGAUGCGGGUAGCGACGCCACUCUGGCUGACAGGCUGUGUGAAGCCGAGGAGAGGAUCCAUGUGCUGCAUUCAUCCCUGAACACCGCCCAGGCAGAGCUGCUGGAUCUGCGGUGCAAAUACGACCAGGAGAAAGCCAACAAGACGGAGGAAGUCGGCGCGAUCAUGACAAACCUCGAGCGAGCCAACCAGAAAGCAGAGAUGGCCCAGAGGGAGGUGGAGAAGCUGAAGGAACAGCUGGCUGGUGCCCCCAGCGGGGCCACCCCCAGGAGCUGCCAUCCACCAGAGGGGGCCAGUGGGGAGAGGGAAGGGAAGGGAGAGGUAGAGGCCGCUCUGCUGGCCAAAGACAGAGAGAUUCUUCGGCUCCUGGAGAAUGUUCAGAGACUGCAGUUCACACUGCAGGAAGUCCAGGACACCUCGGCCAAUCAGAUCCUAGAGCUGGAACGCCAGCUGGCCUAUAAGACAGAAGCUAUUGAGAGAUUAGAGGCUAAACUGCAAUCCCAGAUUGACUAUGAAGAGAUUAAAACAGAACUCAGUAUCCUGAAGGUAAUGAAGCUGGCAUCAGCCAAUGGCAGCUCGUCCCAGGGCUCAUCCAAGGCUGCAGAAGCUCUUUUGCUGGACAAAGAGGCCUUUCUUCCAUCUCAUAAGUACCUGGUGGAUAAGACCUGCAUCCUGCACAGCAACGAUGAGGACCAGCCGCAGGAGUCGGCCAGGGAGGCAGCGAGGCCUUCUGGAUCCCACUCCUCCUCCUCCCAGGCAGACGGCCGUGCCUCUCCCAGCCCGGGGCCCCCCACCCUGGACGGGUCGUCCUCCAGCUACGACCUCCCCCGCCCCUUCUCCGUGUCGCCCUGCUCCGGGGACAGGCUCUCCGGGGACCACAUCCUCCACAAGCAACUGCUCUCCCCGCUCUUUAAGAAGGAGGGUAGCGGCCUCAUGGCCUUCCCCACCGCCCUCUAUGCAGCCAAAGCAGCCCUCAUGUCGACCAAUCAGGGGCCUGCUGGGGCCGGGGGCAUGGAGGCGGGCCUGCCCAGCGACCAAUCAGAGAGCGGGAGCUCCACGGCGGGGGACGAGGACCAGUUGGACACGGCUGAGAUCGCCUUCCAAGUCAAGGAGCAGCUUCUGAAGCAUAACAUUGGCCAGCGUGUGUUUGGUCAUUACGUUCUGGGCCUAUCACAGGGCUCCGUCAGCGAGAUCCUGGCCCGGCCUAAACCCUGGAGGAAGCUGACGGUGAAAGGCAAGGAGCCUUUCAUUAAGAUGAAGCAGUUCCUCUCGGACGAGCAGAACAUCCUGGCUCUCCGGACCAUCCAGGUUCGCCAGAGAGGGAGCAUCACUCCUCGCAUCCGAACUCCCGAAACUGGGUCAGACGACGCCAUUAAGAAUAUCUUGGAGCAGGCCAAGAAGGAGAUCCAGUCUCAGAGAGGAGGGGAUGGCAAGUCGUCUCUGGGCAGCACGUCGGGCAGGAGCAGCAACGGAGCGGGCAGCAGCUCCGACGACACCAUCAAGAACAUCCUGGAGCAGGCCAGGAGGGAGAUGGAGGCGCAGCAGCAGGCCCUGAUGGAGAUGGAGUCCUGUGGCCGGGCGUCCGCCUCCAGCGUCGGAGCCCAGGUGGAGCGCCUGGGGCCUCCGGAGCCCUCCAAGGGCCUGCCCUUACCCGCCUUCAUCAAGCAGGAGGAGGGGAGCUCGGUGACGCUGUGCAUGGCCAACCCCACCAGCGGUCCCCAGACCCCCCUGAGUGUCAUCUCCCCCGCAGCCUUCGUGCAGAACAUCAUCCGCAAGGUCAAGUCCGAGAUCGGCGAGGCCGGCACUUACUUCGACCAGCACUGGUCUGUGGAGCGGGGUCCCUUAGGCAUGGUCGGGGCUCUGGGCCCCAGCUCCCGGCCCUUCACCUCCGUGUCUCCCUCCCUGUCCUCCUCCUCCUCCUCGGGGCCCUCGGCCCCACCUCGGCCCUGGCCCCGUCUAGAGAACGGAGAGUGUCUGCCCAACAGCGAGGAAGCAUCUGCCGCCGAGGAGGAGCCGGGGAUGGGCCGGCCCGUGGAGGUGAAGGUGGAGUCGGACGUGUCUGUAAGCGGAGAGUCCCCUGGUCCUGGCCGCCUGUCCUACUACCCUGCGUACAUCCCCCGCACCCUGAAGCCCACCGUGCCCCCCCUGACCCCGGAGCAGUACGAGCUGUACAUGUACCGCGAGGUGGACACCCUCGAACUGACGCGGCAGGUCAAAGAGAAGCUGGCCAAGAACGGGAUCUGUCAAAGGAUCUUUGGUGAAAAGGUGCUAGGCCUGUCUCAGGGCAGUGUCAGUGACAUGCUGUCUCGGCCCAAGCCUUGGAGCAAGCUGACCCAGAAAGGCCGAGAGCCCUUCAUCCGUAUGCAGCUGUGGCUGCUGGACCAGCUGGGUCAGGGCCUCAACCAGCUCCCUAGCCACAGCCUCUCCCUAGAUAAAAGUCCUGUGAACGCCCAGUCGUCGCCCUCCCCGCCUCCCAGCCCAGCAGAAAGCCACCCCAGCCCGCUGGUGGAGCCAGUCAGCCUGGCUCUGGAGAGCAGCAAGGAGAACCAGCAGCCUGAAGGUCUGGGCCCGGGCCUCCACCCAGACAGAGGGAAGCCCACCCCCUGCCUGCUGUCCCUGUCCCAGCCCCACACUCCCCUGGGCAUCCAGGAACUGGUCUCCAUGUCCCCGGAGCUGGACACUCAUGCCAUCACCAAGAAGGUCAAAGAGGUACUCACAGACAACAACCUCGGCCAACGGCUGUUUGGGGAGAGCAUCCUGGGUCUGACCCAGGGCUCCGUGUCAGACCUACUCUCCAGACCCAAACCCUGGCACAAGCUCAGCCUCAAAGGGAGGGAGCCCUUCGUCCGCAUGCAGCUGUGGCUCAACGACCCCCACAACGUGGACAAGCUGAGGGACAUGAAGAAGAUGGAGAAAAAGGCGUACUUAAAGAGGCGGUACGGGCUGUUAAGCACGGGCUCAGACAGCGACUCUCCCAGCGUCCACUCUGAGUGUGUGAGCCCAGCGCUGGCCUCCCUGGACCUGUGCCUCUACAGCCAGGUGAAGAAGGUCCGGGUGGUGCUGGGGGCCGAGGAAAAGGAGGCCCUGAGGAAGGCUUAUCUCCUGGAGCCCUACCCUUCCCAGAACACCAUCGAAAUGCUAGCCGCCCGGCUACAUCUAAAAACCAACACUGUCAUCAACUGGUUCCACAACUACAGGUCGAGGAUGAGGAGGGAGGUUCUGAUGGAGGGUCUCCAGGACAACGACACGGACCCCGAGCCCCACAGCUAUUCUCCGCUGGCCACGCGGAGCCCCCACUCCGACACCGAGGAGAAAAGGCUGCCGCCCCCUUCUGGACGCUCCUCCUACGCAAGCCGUCCCCCGGGCGCCAACACAGCACUGCCUCACGUCAAACAGGAGGCUGGUGAGCGGCUGGACGAAGGCGGGGAGGAUGGGGGGGAGGUGGGAUUCCUGAGACAGUCUCGCAACCAGUGUUUCUCCAUGGGUGUCCAGUUCCCUCAGUUGAAAACUGAGCACGAGGACUUGCUGGGCGGAUGCCGGGACCUCCACUUGGCUCCGCACUGUCAGAGCCUGAGGCAGGAGGAGGCCAUGAGCAGCCAGGCCCAGGGGCUGUUCCCCGGGAUGCCCUCCACGGAUGGUCCACAGAGACCCAACCAGUCCAGACACGAAGGAGACGACUCCAGCAAGUCGCCCGUGGACCCCGUCAGCUUCAAAGCCUCGUCCGAGCCAUGUCGAGGCAGCCUGGAAGUCUCCCUGAACUCCCCCUCGGCCGCUUCCUCGCCGGGCCUCAUGAUGUCGGUUUCCCCGGUCCCCUCGUCCUCUGCACCCAUCUCCCCCUCCCUGCCCAACCCGCCAACCGCCGGCUCCAACCACAGCCUGGAUCCCAACCCCCUCCCCGCCCUCCAGAGCCCCAAAAUCAACAGGAGCAGUCAGAGACGCAAUGAGAAAAUGGCAAACCUUAAUAACAUCAUCCACAGGCUGGAGAGAGCAGCCAAUCGGGAGGAGACGCUAGAGUGGGAGUUUUAGGGCAUCUUUCACCUCUGCUCUGUCCUUUUGACCCGCAUGGCACAUGGGAAACUCUCAAAGAGAAACCUGCUGAACACGUGGUGUGGAGCCUGGCUCCUAAAAGUCUCCCUCAUUACACUGAAAAACCCACUCAUAGGAAACUGGGACUUUUAGUAAAGAAAAAAAUAUUUAUAAAUGUGUUUUAGGUUUUUUUGAUAAUGGGAUACUUCUUUGAAAUAUAUGUAACAGCACGAGCUGUUGUUUUACGUAACGGACUGAUGUGAAGACUUUUGCAGCUAUGGUGUCAUGAAAUGUGCACUGAAGUUCUGUAGAUUGCCACUGGGUGAGAUUAAAAAAGACCCCUGUCUUAAGCCAUCAAAAGCACUAUAACUAUUUAAAAAGAGACAUUGACCAAAUUUGCUACUUUUUGAAUAGCAUUUUUUCAGAUUUUGUCUGUAAGACAGGACAGUUUAAGUCGAGUAACAUGAAAUCUUACUACUGACUGAGGGAUAGUCCUUCAAGACUCUAAAUAUUCAACAUCUCGUAUGUACUACUUAGUUUCUUGGUGAUAUGUUUUGACAUACUCGUCACACUAACGUAUAAAAUGUGGUUGUACAUGUUGUAGAGUUGUCUGCAAUAGCCUUCUAUGAACCAGAUGUAGCAUGGUACUCAGCUGACCCUGUUAUCCUCUAUAGUUAGUCACCUGUGAUAUACUUGAGCAAAAA